AUGGCCGACAAUCAUUCUCGAAACGGCUUUACAGCUAUUCAAAAUGGCCAGACGCCUCACGACGAACAGUCCGUCGCUGAGAGCUAUGAAUCAGACAGCCUCAAGAGAACGAUGGGGCCGUUCUCAGCCAUGAUGGUUAUUGCCGGCAUGAUCAUUGGUAGUGGUAUUUUCUCAACACCUUCCGGUAUCUUGAUAUCUGUAGGAUCAGUUGGAAUGUCAUUGAUGGUCUGGGUCAUUGCUGCGCUUGCUAGUGUUUGCGGCGUUCUUGCCUACAUCGAACUUGGUUCCAUGCUUCCUAGAUCAGGCGGUGAAAAGGAGUACCUUGACUAUGAGUACAGGAAACCAAAAGCCUUGGCUCCUUUUUUAUUCUGUUUGUCCAUGAUCGUCUUAACGCGUGGUGGCGCCUGUGCGGUGGACUCUAUCGUUGUUGGAACAUAUAUCAUGUUUGCUGCUGGAGUAACCGAUAAUCCAUGGGCUGAGAGAGGCAUUGGUAUAGUGGUUAUUACCGUCGUUUGCCUUCUUCACAGUUUCUCUGUACCAUGGGGUAUUCGCACCACGGACUUGCUGACUAUGAUCAAAAUCAUUGUGUUGGUGAUGAUUUCUAUCACUGGAAUUGUUGCUGCUGCCGGUGGAACACAAGCCCCGCAAACCCAUGCUUUUACCAAUGCCUUCGAAGGCACCUUAGCGGACGGUAGUGGGUACGCUAUUGCUUUGUUCAAAGCGUUUUUUGCCUUUGAUGGUUGGAAUAACGCAAAUUACGUUAUUGGUGAAUUACGCAACCCAGUUCGAACUUUGAAGGUCGCCGCCCUUUCUGCUAUAUCCUUGGUGUCCGUGUUAUAUGUUCUGGCCAACAUUGCGUAUUUCGCUGUGGUACCCAAGGAAGUCAUUUUAACCUCCAAAACGGUGGUGGCUGCAGAAUUCUUCACCCGGGUGUAUGGCCCUAAGGCAGGUGGCCAAGCUCUGCCUGUACUAGUAGCCAUCAGUUCAUUUGGAUCGGUUUGCGCCAUGACCUUCACUGCGGGGCGAGUCAUUAUGGAAGCCGCUCGAGAAGGGUACCUUCCUUUUGGCAGCUUCUUUGGACAAGUUAGUCGCUUCGAUACGCCUGCUAACGCAUUUAUUAUCCAUUGGGUCGUGACCAUGGUUCUCAUGCUCGCUCCUCCCGCUGGUGACAGCUAUAACUUUAUCGUCAACCUACAAUCUUAUCCAGAGUGGUGGUUCUAUGGCGCUUCAGUAGUGGGAUUAUUGAUCCUUCGACACACACAGCCGAAUGCAGCGCGACCCUUCAAAUCUUUCUGGAUAACCAAUGUCUUUUUCGUUUUGGUUUCUGUCUUCUUGGUCAUUGUGCCUUUCAUUCCUCCUAAAGUCAGUGAUACUCCUUCCAUUCCAUACUACGUUGUUCCCGUGGUGAGUUUGGCAUUCAUUGCCCUUUCCGCCGGUCUCUGGUAUAUCCGGGUGAAGCUUUUCCACGGCCUGGAAACAUCCUAUAUUGUACAGAGAUACAUUAUUCAAAACAACUUGCAGAACAUAGAAUAUACUCCCGAGGAGAUCGAAGCAAUGAUGAACGAUGCCAAUGAGUACGAGCUGGCCCAUGUUCGCGAGUACGCCAAACGGCUGGCCAGAGGAGAAGCAUAA